AUGAAUAUACCAUCAAUCGAUGAAACAAUAAAAAGACCAACAACUGCUAUAAAUAAUCAUAAAGUUAAUUUGAAUACCCGUCUUAGGCCUCUUUAUAAUAAAUCAUCUUUUAAUAAAGGAUCUCCAGAAAAAGAUAACACAUAUUAUAGUGCAUUUGCAUUUCAAAAUGCUUUAAAUAAUAAAUCAUUAACAAGGUACUCUACUAGUAGAUAUCCAAAUAUAUCUUCAGAUGGAGAAGGUAUUUAUCCAAUAUCAUCAUUAGAAAAAGUAUCACUACAACAACCAUAUACAGAUAGUACUGUUUCAUCAGAUCCAGUAUAUAUGAAUGUUGAAGGUUUCUCCCAAAAUGGAAGACAUUUAUCAGUAGGUGGACAAAAAAAUUCAGCCAUUAUUUCAUCAAAACCUUCUACAGUUGGAGUCCAAAGAAAAAUGACAACUAAAAGAAAUAUAGGUACAUCAAAAAAGUCAAAGAUUAUGGAAAUUAUACAUAAUAAAAGCAAAGUAACUCUUAAAUGUUUUUGCAUUCUUAUUCUUCUCCUUAUACCAAUAGUUAUUUUUAUUAUAAUGAUAAUUUAUUCAAGUAGUUUAGAACUUGAUAGACCAAGAGAUUUAUCAAAAAAUAUACCAAAAUAA